AUGAAAAAUUUAAUUGAAAAAAAAACAGAAAAACGUCAACGAUUAUUGAAAUAUGGACAAGCUUGCGAUCGCUAUCAAGACAAAUGUACAAAUGGAGCAAAAUGUAUCGAUAAAAUUUGCAAAUGUGCUCAAGGAUUUGCUCUCUCGGCAAACGGUUGGUGCGAAGGAUUUUUAUUAGAAAAAGUGAGUGAAUUUGAAAAAAACAAAAAGUUAUUCCGUUGCGGGGAAUCGAACCCCGGCCUUAUGGGUGAGAGCCAUAAAUCCUAACCACUAGACCACAACGGAUGGUGAGAGAAGAGUGUUGUUUCUCAAAGACAUGCUAGCAGAAACAGAGAAAAAAGAGAGAAAUGAAAAAGAAGAAUAUUGCAAAAAGGAGGGGAAAAAUGAAAAGAGAGUGAACAUUUGAGAGAGUAUUGGAAAAGAGUGAGAGAUUAUUAUAUUUGAGAGUGUAUAGAUAGUUAGAGAAGUUUUUGUCCCUGUGACGAAAAAUUGUUCUUGCUUUCAUUUAACGCAUUUUCAGGCUAUUGAAACGAAUAAAAAGGGAUCAACGCCAGUUCAAACAACUGCAGCACCAGUUACCAAAUCAAGACCUGCUGUUAUCAUAUCAACUGAUGAAGAAUCUGAUAUUCUUGAAGCUUUUCCAACUCCACCAAGUAGUAUAUUUGGAUUUACUGAAAAACCAAAGCCACCAAAGGUUGUAGCUGUCGGCUCACAUUGUGAACCAUCUGAUAUUUGCCUUGGUGAGAGUUUCUGUGUGAAAGGAGUUUGUCAAUGUGGAAAGAAGAUGAUUCUACAAAAUGGACAUUGUAUUCCAAGUGAGUGUUUUUGUUGGGUAGAAGAUAUGUUUCUGGAAUUCAAUGAGAAGUCUUUUUAGAUACAUUUUUUCAUUUCCAAGCAAUUUUUCUUCAGUUCUGAUUCAACGUUUUUUUUUCAGAGAACAGUAAAAACAAGAUAGCUCGUGUUGGUCAAUCUUGCCGUAAUAAUGAAAUCUGUGCUGGCGGUUCGAUUUGUGAUUAUGAUAUGAAAAAAUGUAUCUGUGCAGCUCAACAUAUUGCAAUUAAUGGUUUAUGCAAACAGAAAAGUCAGUUUUUCCUAAUAUUUCUGAACACCAACAGAGAAUAUUUUCAGCCGCUCCCGCUUUUUCUGCUCCCGGGGAUACUUGUAGCAUGGGUGAGCAAUGUGUUGGUGGCUCAACUUGUUUUGAAGGAAUGUGUACUUGCGAUGAACACCACUUCCCAGAAAAUGGUUACUGUAGACCGUUGGAAGCUAGAAGCUCAAAUGUUCAAUUUAUAAAUGGUGCUGGGCUCCGAUUCUCAUCGAAAAAUCCACCGAAUCGCCAACGUGCAACACCUUGCAAUCCUGUUGAAUGUCAACUUCCAAAUUGUUUCUGUAGUGAAGAUGGAAGAAGUCCACCAGCUGGAUUGAGACCUGAAGACACCCCACAAUUUGUUGUUCUUACUUUUGAUGACGCGGUUAAUGGAAAGACUUUCCCUGAUUAUAAGUCGCUUUUUGAAAAUGAUGUUUUGAAGUGAGUUGUGACACCUGAAGUGGUUCUUUGACAUCAUUAUAACAUUUUAGAAAUCCAAAUGGCUGUGACGCAAAAGCAACCUUCUUUGUUUCACACGAAUGGACUAAUUACGAUGCUGUUAAUUGGCUCGUUCAAAAAGGAAUGGAAGUUGCAUCAAACUCCAUCUCGUGAGUUUUAUCUCAAGUAUUUUUCUGAAAAAAUGGGGUUUUUUUAGGCAUGAAAACUUGGAACAAGCAACAACAAAUCGAUGGUUGAAUGAAAUGGAUGGACAACGUAGAAUUUUGGCAAAGUUUGGUGGAGCCGGGGAAGAAAAUGUGGUUGGAAUGAGAGCUCCACAACUUGCAGCUGGAAGUGAUCGAAUGUUUGAGGUAUAUUCAUAGAACUUUUGCAAUAAAAUAACUCACUAAUUUUCAGAUGAUGGUUGGAGCUGAGUUCCUUUACGAUAACUCAAUGUCAACAAAUCCUGGAAUUCACGGCGAACCAUUCUGGCCACAAACUUUAGAUUAUCAAGUUUCCUGGGAAUGCUGGGAUGCGUCUUGCCCAAAAAGUUCAUUCCCUGGAAUCUGGACAGUUCCGUUGAACCAAUUUUAUGGAUCAUAUAUGCCACAGAUUGACAGUUUCAGAAGAUCAAGUAUGAUUCGAGCAGCUGUUGGUUUAAAUGAUACUGUCGACACAUUGGUAAGAAUUUAUAAUAAAGAUAGAUGGUUUUUGAAAUUGACACGAAUUGUUUUGUUUUCAGGAAGAGAUCAUAAUGCGAAAUUUCGAACGAAGUUACACAACGAACCGGGCACCAUAUAUUCUAUCACUCAAUGCUGACUUUUUACAACUUGGUGGAAAAAAUAAAGGAAUGAUCGCCUUGAAAAAGUAGGAUUUUUUUGAAAUAUUUGUAGGAAACAUCUGAUUCAAUCUCACAAAUAGCUUUUCGAGUGUCUUCAAUUCUUGAAAAAAAAUUGUUUAAUCUUUAAGAAAACGAUCAUAUGAAUUCCAGAUUCUUGAACAAGAUCACCCACAAUAAAGAUGUUUAUAUUGUGACAAUCAAACAACUCAUUGAAUGGAUGAAAAGACCAGUUCCAAUCAGUCAAAUGGCCAAGUCAAAAGCCGUCGGAUGUCCAAUUUCCCUUCAAUUCAGUCGUAAUCCAUCAACAUUAGCCUGUGAUAAACCAAACAAAUGCUUAUACAGCACUCCAAAUCUACCAUCUCAAGAACAUCAAUUUUUAACCUGUUUACCUUGUCCAAUUAUGUAUCCGUGGUUGGAAAAUCCGGCCGGAACUAUUGUCUAG